GAUUGCGACCGAAAUGGGCCGCGUCAUCAGGGAGGUGCAAGAGGACGGCCAACGCCGGGAGUUGUGGUGAUUGAGACUUGAAGCUGACUCGCUCGUGCCAUGGCGACCGUACAGGUGCUCAACGUGUCGCCUGCUGUGGACGAGGCCGUUCUUCGAAACUUCUUCUCCUUCUGUGGCGGCAUCAAGAGCAUCGAGUUCAACUCACAGGACCUUGGUCCUGGGGAGCUUGCGUCAGCUGCCAAGGCAGCGGGAGCUCCGUCGCCUGCGAGUGAUGCUGAGGCAGCCCUGGUCACUUUCGACAGCGAGGACGCGGCAGCGACUGCUCAGCUCUUGUCCAACUCUCUGCUGGACGAUCGCCCCGUCCUCGUCAUCCCUGCCGGUUCAGCCAAGGGGCAAGAGGAGGGCGACAUAGGUUCUUCUCGUGGGGGGGAUGGAGCGUCGGAUGCGGAUCCUAUGAGUCAGGCAAAUCCCAAGGGACGAGGGUUGAUGCAGGUGCUCCGUGAACGCGCCAAGACGGCGCAGGACCAGGUGCAGAACCUCCAGAGCUCGGGCUCGAUCCAGUCAAAGGUGUCGGAGGCCAGGCAGAGUGCCAAGGACACGGCGAGCAAGCUCAUGUCGGGGGAAACGUUGCGGGCAGGCUAUGGAAUGCUGAUGAGCGGCCUGACGUCGAUCAAGGAGGCGGUGAAGAAGGCAGAGGAGGCGAACCGAAGGUUCAACGAGAGGCUCUUGAAGGAGGCACAUGCGGAGAGGGAGGGGAGGAGACUGGGGCAGGGUUCGUCCCCUGAAGCUGGCACUGACCAGGUUGCUGAGCCUGCUGCUGACGCGGAGGAGAGUGCACAGCAGGGAUCAGUGCUUGCUCGUGUGCAUAGCGAAGCUGUUCAAGAUUUACCUCGUGCGGUGGACAAGUCGAGCUGA